AUGAGCUUCUUUUUCACUGCCUGCCGGUUCUAUUCCGCCAGGAAAUACAAGUGCUGCGUGCCCGAAGCCAAAGCUGGGUAUAGAUUGUAUGCCUCCCGUCGAUCCAGAGGCUCCGAGCAGGCCAUUCGGCUGAUCGAAAGAGCUCGCGCCGGGAAGCUACCAGACCCUCGCAUCAGCAAGUGUAUACUGAUGUGGGCGAUGGAGAACGGCAAGACGACAAUACCUGGCAAGAGGAACAAACUGUCCAUCACCAUCGAUCAGGCGGUCAAGCUUGCGGAGACGAUUCUUUCGUGUGUGGUGGAUCAGCGAUACGACGAGCACCUGGUGGCUCAGUCCGCUAACCGCAAAAAAUAG